AUGCUUCGUCUCGUUGCCACACGUAUUAUAUCUACUGGUAAAAUACAAAUAAAGUUGCCAGGAUGUUUAUCUUAUUCAUCUCGUCGUUUUCUACAAAAUUCUACAUCUCAAUCGAAUGAUCAUCUUGUUACAUCAACAAUUUCAUCAGUUGAUACAAACAAAAGUGAAGAAUCUAGUCAAAAGAAUAAAUCAGCAUCUCUACCAAAAAUUUAUACGCGUAAAGGCGAUCGAGGUACAUCAUCUCUUUUAAGUUCUGGUACAAAUCGUUUAUCAAAAGAUUCAUUAGUAUUUAAUGUACUUGGUACUAUUGAUGAACUAUCAUCAACAAUUGGUAUUGUUAUUUCAACAUGUUCUUUCCCUUCAAUAUCAAAACAAUUAGAAAACAUUCAAUGUGCUCUAUUUGAAAUUGGUUCAUGUGUAGCUGCUGAAAAUCGUUCAUCUCGUUUUACAUUCAAUAAUAUUACAUUAAUAAAACAAUUAGAAGAAGAAAUUGAUAAAAUGACAGAUGAAUUACCACCAUUACGUAAUUUUAUUUUACCUGGUGGUUCUAGUCAAACAGCAUCAUAUGUUCAUUUUUCAAGAGCAGUCUGUCGUAGAUGUGAACGUUUAUUAACAAAAUGGUCGAACAAUCAAAUUGAAGAACAACAAGAAACAGUGAUGAAAAUUUAUUUAAAUAGACUUAGUGAUUAUUUAUUUACAUUAGGACGAUAUAUAACAUUUAAAGAAGGACAUAAAGAAAUCUUAUAUCAUAAAAGCAAAUAA